AACAUCAUAAAAUGUAUGCAUAAUUAUUUUCUAUUAGAGCAUGUGUCCUUUUCAUGAAGACAUUAAAAUAUUUCGCAGUAUUAUUACUAUAAAAAUAGGAUCUAAUAUAUAAAUUUAGCCCUUUAUUUGUGAACCUUUUCGUCUCCCUAAUUUAUUUUUUCAUUUUCCCUACCAAAAAUUAUUUGUCAAAGAAUAUCUUUUGAAGCAUAGCACGUGAGCUCAAACUCCAAGGUAAAAUUUAGAUACUUCAACUAUACAAAAGUGCCAGUUCUUUGGGCCCCUCCCUUUUUACUGCAUCACAAUGUAUAGCUUCUUCAAUAGGAUCUCGCCAGCAUAGAACAUAAGUAGAAUUACCACAGAGCCCAGAAUUGAUAUCACUCACUGGCCUGCAGGCAGGAGUCAUGAGUCACCUGCUCAGAACUGAAAGUGCCUCAGAACCCAGGAAAUCCACAAAGAAAACCCAGUCGCAGCUCCAUUUCAGUAAUCGAGCAGGAGAUCACCUGCUGGAAUUUAGCUUUCAACAUGCUUCCCAGAAGCAUCUCAAGAUCAGCAGGCAGGGCUACUGCAAAAAUUUUUCAUCACCUCCAGAGAAGCUCAUUUCUGGGAUUCUGGGCAUCAUCUGGUUUGCCUUAUUGAUCACUCUGGUGUUCUCAACAAGAAUUGUUUCUUCAUAUACUGAACAGAAGAAGCAGAUCCACUCCCUCCUGAAUAGAACCCAGAAAGCACGACCUUGUACUCGUUGCCCAGAUGAUUGGAUGUCAUAUUCUCACAACUGUUAUUACAUUAGUGUGGAGAGAAAAUCUUGGAAUGAUGGUUUGACGUCCUGCGUUUCCAAAAACUGUAGCCUGCUUCACAUAGAUAGUGAAGAGGAGCAGGCUUUUCUGCAGUCCUUUUCAUUGGUCUCAUGGACUGGAUUCUUUCGAAAGAGCAGAAGUCAGCCCUGGGUUUGGGAAAAUGGCUCAACUUUCAAACCAAAGAUAACAGAGAUGCUGCAUGAUGAAUAUAACUGUAUCAUGAUGUCAACUUCUGGUCUCACGGCAGAAAACUGUACAACUUUACAUCCAUAUGUUUGUAAGUGCAAAUUCACCAACUGAAACACCUGCAUUUGAAGUCUGCCAGAUACAUGUUAAAGAAUUUUUCUCAACCAUCUUGUCAAGUAUCAUCGAAAUUAAGAUCCAACCAUGAAACUUCAAAGAAUUUCUACUGACUGGGUCCUGUACCCUGCGCAGAUUGAUUUUCUUCAGUCUUGGAUUCUCUGUGUAGAUGAACAGUUUAAUUGACAUGUUUCUCUAAAUCUUUAAAAUAUUCAACCACUGAUCUACACUCCAAGGCACUAACAAAUGAGCUUGGAAUUCAGAAUGGAAGGACAUACAAGCACAAAACAAAACUUUAUAAAAUUGCAACUCAACAUGAAAAGAUCCUACCUCUUAUAGCAAUUUUACAUCAAAAGAACAAUGUCAGGUAUAGCAAGAUGGGUGGCAUUGUUGUAAUAUCCAGAUCUCUGCAAUCCACAGUCUUUCUCCUUGAGUUACCCAAAGUGCUAUGAGGGUACUUCUUGACACAUAUGCACUCCUACCAUAUUCUAUUGCUUCAGAAAAAGAAACACAGUAUAUGUGUUUGGGCAACCAAGUACCUUUCUAACUGUACUAUUCUAUCAAGAUGUCUAUACUCUGCUGCCCAUUUCCUAUAAAGCUACUAGGACACAUCAGAAUCCAAGGAGUACCUGAACCCAGCCUCCACCCUGAAACAGUGAUCUGAUCCUUAGUAGAAGACCAAUAAAUCCACAAUUGAACCUGGGGCCUCUAGGCAGCCUGUAUGAUCCUCAUCUGUGGACAACUUUGGCCUUGCCAUUAUAGAAAUGGCUAAGAAUGUUUCCCAGAAAACAUUGCUUUAGAUCAAUAAUUGCAGUGGGAACCAUAUGCACUCAAUGUCCACUAAGAAAUAGUUGUUCAGUCUUUGAAGCCCACCAGUUCCUUAAGCAUAACAUUUGACUUUCUGUCAAAAUUAUUCUUAGGAACUCAAGCUCAACUAAAACCUUGUCACAUCAGCUUUUAAAUGAUCUGAAAAUAACCUUUCCCCUCCUGCCCAUUAUGCCACCCCACCUUCAUAUCAAAUUUCCAUGAUGAAUCAGAGGGUGUCUCUUGCAUGUCUUUGUAAUCAUCACCACAGCUAGGGAUCAUAUUCCAUCCCACAAAGGUAAGUAUUAUCCUUUUGGAAUUGUCUUCAUAGACACACAAUUCUAAGAUAGUUUAACCUCAGCUGUGUUUUAUUAACUAUACAAUGAGCAUGCUUCCAUCUAUUUGGGUUCUGUUAAAUCUUUUUGGGCAUCAAUUUGUUGCAUAAAUUUUCCUCAGAAGACACACAGAAAUGCCUAUUUAUUCAAGAAUUCAUAUGAAGAGACCAAAGAAACUUCUCAAAGGGGACAGAUGAGGCUGUUGAAUUCCCUGGAGCUGGACUUUCAGGCUAUUGUUAGCUGCCUGACAUGGGUGCUGCAAACUGAACCCAGGUCAUUUGUAAGAAUAAUGAAGUGUCCUUAAGCACUUCAGCCCUAGAUAAUUUCAUAAAUAAUCAACCUUUUAUGCAUAUUUUACACUUAUGAGCUUUCUACCAGUGUAUUUAGAAUGCUUUGAGAGUUGAUUUAAUUAAAAUCUAUAUGUCUCCCUUUUCUAUCAUAAUUCGGAUGCUUAGAAAAGUAAUUUGGCUGAAAAAGUACAUAUUAAAUAAUGAAGAAAUAAAAAUUAAAAAGAUAAAA